AUGCCGGUCGACUACAGCAAAUGGGACGCGCUGGAGCUCAGCGACGACUCGGACAUUGAGGUGCAUCCGAACGUAGACAAGCGGUCGUUUAUCCGGGCGAAGCAGAACCAGAUUCACAUGGAGCGGCAGCAGCGGCGGCACCAGAUUGAGACGCUGCGGUACGAGCGGCAGAUCAACGACGGGCUAGCGCGGCGGAUCGCGGGACUGCUGGCGGUGCUGCGAUCGCACGCGGACGAGGCGCGAGCGAGCAGCGAUGUGAACGCAGCAGGAGCGGUGGCGUUCCGGGCCGUGAUGGAGAACGCGUCGCAGAUGAAAGCAGGCGAAGACCGGCCGCCGAAGCCGCCGGCGGGGGUGCACGCGGCUGUCGAGCAGCCGGAGACGUACACGAAGAUGAUGGCGGCGCUGCUGGACCAGGUCAACAAAGCGCUGGCAGAGCGGCAGCUGGAGGGCGCAGCACGCUACGACGCCAUGGUGGCCGAGAUCGAGGGCCACGGGGACAAGGUGGCCGACCUGCAGCGACAGCUGGAGCAGAAGCUGGCCGAGCUGGAGCGCGAGCAAGCGCGCAAGAUCACCAGCGACAGCAUCCACACGGGCUUCAACAGCUCGCACGUGACCAAGGCGACAGCAGAGCCAGGGGACAGCGGGGGGAAGACGGAGCUGCUGAAUCCAGGGUAUGGUCUGGGCGGCAGCACGGCGACGAAGGCAGCCGAGAACACGAUGACAACAACAACAGCAGCAGCAGCAGCAGCAGGCAUCGACGACGACGACGACGAGGUUCCGUCGACGUCGGAAGCAGCACGGCAAUUUGCCAACAUUCGGCCGGGCAGCCACGCCGAGAGCCAGGCAUUUAUCCGGACGCAUCCGGAGCUGGUGGCAUCGGACCGGGAGCUGGAAGGCAUCCUGGUGAUGGCGUUUGACGCCGAGUUUGCGGGUGACAGCGAGGCAGCGCGACGGUUUGUGCACCAGGCGACGCUGCUGGAGUUUUGUCGAGCGCUCGGCCGUGACGGCGUGCUGCUCUUCUUCAGGCGCAUGGCGACGGCCGGCCACCAGGCCCAGGACGUCUUCCGCCGCGACGUGCAGGAAAAGUACGGCCGGAUCCACGAGCGGGUGCGCGAGAUCAACGCGCAGAAGGCGGCCAGCGCGGCCAGCGGCGUCGACGGCGUCGAGCAGAUCCAGCGGCAUGCCGUCGAGCCCGGUACCGUCAUCAACAUCCACAUCCCGCCGACCGGCAGCGAAUCCGACGUCAGCAGCGAGACCUUUGCCGCACGGCGCAUCUUUGACGGCUUCCGGCCCGAGAUGAAAAAGGCCCUCGAGUCCGGCAGCCUUGACCGGGUCAAUGAGGUGUUGGGCCGGAUGACCGUGACGGAUGCGGAGGCGCUGGUCGGCCAGUUUUCCGAGGCCGGCAUCCUCAGCAUGGAGGACGAGAUUAUCGACGCGACCACCGAGGAGGGCCGACAACAGCUCAAGGAGAUGGGCCGGGAGGACGAGGACGAGGUCGAGGACGAGACGCCGGCCAAGACCGAGACCAAAGAGGAGGAAUACCCAGACCCGGAGUAA